AUGGGUCUCAGACCCAUUCAUUCCAAGGUCAGAACAUAUCUCCAGCAUGUGCUCGCUUCGGAUACACCGUAUCCGGAGGCCCUUCGAGAUAACGACUCUCUUCGGUCGGAAGCCUUGAUAUCUUUGGACUCCGGGCCCCAGAACGCCUUGCAACCCAACUACAAGCACUUACCCGUCGCUUAUCAUGGUCGGGCAUCGUCCGUCUUUGUAUCGGGAACCCCUAUCCACCGACCUUGGGGUCAGAUCUUGGUUGAUCCGACGGCGGAGCCCAAGAUUCCAAGCCUUCUUCCCUGUCGACGUCUAGAUAUCGAGCUUGAGAUAGGAGCGUUUGUUUGCAAAGCCAACGAGCCCGGCCAGCCCAUACCGGUCGACGAAGCGGAUCAAACCAUCUUUGGCUAUGUUUUGGUCAAUGAUUGGUCCGCUCGAGACCUUCAGACGUGGGAGUAUGUUCCUCUUGGCCCGUUCAACGCGAAGAACUUUGCUACAACCAUCAGUCCUUGGGUCGUCCUCCCCGAUGCCCUAGCGCCAUUCGCUACCCCGGGAAUUGAAAACGACACGGAACUACUGCCCUACCUCCGUCAAACAGAAAAGCGUAACCAGUACGACAUCAAUUUGCGUGUCGAGUUAAGUACUGGCGAGGGUGAAUCUCGCAGUUCCACGGUCAUCACCGAGACAAGCUCUAAAAACCUAUUAUGGUCGUUCCCCCAAAUGGUAGCACACCACACUAUCUCAGGGUGUCCAAUGCGGCCUGGCGACCUCCUCGGAAGCGGUACGAUUAGCGGAACCGAUGAGCGGUCGCGUGGGAGCCUCUUGGAGCAGAAUAUGGCCGUUGCUGGAGGUCUGGGUGACAUGGGUAGGCUCAUCACCGACGCGCUUCGUGAAACCGGAAAGUAUGAAGUCUACGUAAUGUCUCGCCGGGUACCGGAGAGUGUUCCGACUCACAUUUCUCCCAUAACUGGUGAGAGCUAUUUUCCCAUCAUUCAAACGGACUAUAGCUCGGAGCAGGCCGUGGUCAAUCUCUUAGAGCAGUACAAAACACACACAGUCAUCUGUACUUUUGCCCUGGAUUUCCAAGCCGCGAGCGAUUCACAAUUGACGCUGAUCCGCGCGGCGGAGAGAGCAUCUUCCGUCAAGAGGUUCAUCCCAUCCGAAUUCAACGUUGACUACGACCAAGGGGAUGAUGUGCUUCCCUACCCGGACAAGCGCUACCAUGUCGUGGCGAGGCGCGAAUUGGAAAAGACGAGCCUUGAAUACACGUACAUCUACCCUGGGAUGUUUAUGGACUAUUUCGGGAUGCCCAACAUCCCCACGCAUCUGCGGGAGUUGUGUUUAUUUGUCGAUCCAACAAACGGGGUCGCGCUGAUCCCUGGCGACGGAGAAACGCCAAUGGCCGUCUCCUAUACUAAAGACGUUGCCCGAUACACCGCUCUGGCCCUCGAACUGGAGAACUGGCCUUUGACCAUGACGACGGCGUCGGACACGAUCACUAUCAAAGAGUUGGUGUCGCUGGUUGAGAAAAAUUUGGGACGCCCCUUGAAGGUUUCUCACCAGCCCAUCGCGACACUUUUGGAGCAUCGAGACAACACUAUGCUGCCACGCAACGUGCCUAUUGCUGAGCAUUUCCCAGAAGGCGUGGCUCAGCUUAGUGCACUCCUUGCCGACUUGGGCGCUUCCGUGGCUCUCGGAGCAUAUGACUUUUCGCGCCUCCCAACCACCUUGAUCUCGUUCAACAUUUCAAGUCAAAAACUACUCCGAUGA